AUGAUUGAUGAAAACCUGCCCACGUUCUUCCUCAAAAACAACUCCAAACAGCCCCCGAUUAGUACAAUAUACUACCGUCAACGUGGCAACGACCCCGAACCUGCAUAUUCCCUGCGCGCGCUCGAUCCAGCCGCCCCAACCUCCCAAAACCGCUACGGAGUCGCGCUGUACGAUCCCUACGUAACAGACGUAGUCUACGGCGAGGUCGCCGUGACCCCAGACUGGACACAACCGAGUCUCUCAGCAGACACGAUACGAGCCAAUGGAGGCGUAGCACCACCACCCGAGCCCAUACUCCCCACCGAAUUCGUGAUCCAGCUCUACAACCCGGACCAAACGAUCACAGUGAAAUACCACACCAAGUCAUGGAACAAACCAGCACAAUGGGAAUUCGAAAUGCCUCAAAAUACAUUCCGGGUCCCAUCCGGCUCAACGCUAGACCAGACGCAGAUCGACCCCUCUCUUGCAGACGUUACCCCGAAGCUGCGCUUCAGCUGGCGCAAGGAUGGGAAACUGUCAAAGGACCUGACAUGUCUACUGCAUGGGAAAACGUCAACAAUCCCCGACACGCGCACCAAGAGCCGUGAACCGGAUAUCACAGUCGCCUUGUUCCAGGGUCUCAAGGAACUUACCCUCUACGAGCCGAAUCUCUACCGCGUCGAGAUGGAGGAUUUCAAGGGGUUGGAGGUCGUGCUCAUUUUGGCUGCCGUCGCAAUCAGAGAUAUCUUCUUCGGUCCAGCCAAGGAAGCAUUCCACAUCACCCCCGGCGGACCAACCCAAGUAACCCGCAAGCCAGCAACAGGCCCAACCGCAACUGCGGCAGUCACACCAGCCGGCAGCGCCAAACCCGGGAAGAGCGAAUCCGCGGCGCGUCCCAAGCCCUCGCCGCCCCGUCUCAGCAUCCCAAACUCCUCAUCUGCAGCACCACAGGAAAAAAGCCGCAAAGACAAACGUGCCCAGGAAGGAGAACGUCGAACACAAGAAGUCCUCGCAGCGGAAGAAAAAGCCCGACGUCGCCGUGAGGCAGAAAUCGAGAAAGAAACUAGACGUCUACAACAACUAUACGGUCAAGAAGAGCAUCAAGCCCGAUUACAACAGCAGACUUCUCCCAGACCGCAUCUUCCACCCCGACACACCCGCCCUCAACCUCACCCCUACUCCCAUCAAUAUUCUCAAUCCUCCGUCCAGCUCCCCUCACACCCCCGUCCGCAUCCUCAUCCGCGCCAAUCCUCCCACGGCGCACCGAUCCCCACCUUCGCCAAUAGCCCUUACCUCCAUGCCGUGGAUCCCAGAGCGCAGUCUUCCACGCAUCUGAUGCAGUCACGACCGCAACACCCGCAGGCCAGACCGCAGUCGACGGUCGGGUUCUACCCGCAACCUGCUAGUAGUGGGGCGCUACUUGAGUCGAGGCCGGCGCAGCAGGUGCAGCCGAAGAAGAGUAGUUUCUUUGGGUUCCGGCGGAGUAAAGAGGAGAGUCAUUCCACUAAGCUGGAGAAAAAGAGGAGUUCUAUGUUUUGA